GAGCGAAUCAGCUUCAUAUAGCAAUAUGGGGAUAGAUGCCUAUCUUUCACCAUUCGAUGCAUGUGCAUCUCGAAUGCUACAGUAUGGGCCAAAGCUUAUAACUUGAGAACUGCGAGGACGCGCGACGAUGCCGAUAAAAUUACGAUAGCGUUAGCGCCGCCGUAGUUUUGUCACUUGGCGGCAACGUCAAUUUUCGUGCAACAGUUCUACUCACCGCCUAGAAAAGCCUCAGCUCUUUUUAAAGUCGGCCAGUAGCCCGAACAGUCGCAAGGACUCAAGAAUCGAGCGCGUGUACUCUCAAGCUCAACACAUAACCUUGAUUUGAUGUCGUUCCGAAAACGACUUAUCAUGCCCAGACGAAGCACGGAAUAUGGCAUAGCGCUUCAAAUUUUCAAAGCUGCUUCCAUCCAUUGUUAUGAUGGGCCGAACACCAAGCCCAUGGGCUCUCUUCUUUUCCUUCUAUACAGAAGAAUAGGAUACCCCGAGACCCUCUAAACUUUUUGAAACAGGCACAGCAAAGGCACAGUAUACAGGAUAGUCAAAUCAUGGGACUGGGCGUGGUCAGAUUAGUUCAAGUUACCAACGUACUGUAUGUUGGUUUGGAUCCUUUCAUCCUACUUGUACAAAGCUGGGCAAAGAUCUACAGAUUUCGUUUCGCAUUAUAAUGCAGUCCUCGUGCCAACCGAUGUUUUCGUGUAAAACCUCCCGGCGGUCAAUUCGGCUCAUUGUUUUUUCGACCUGCAUAUUUUUUACUGCACUUGAUAACAGCCUACAUUAUCGCUGGCUAGCAAGUUCAGUUCUGCAGACGUUCCUUCUCCAACCACCAUGGCUAGCGAGCUGCCGCCAUUGCCCAACCCACUUACACCCCUUGCAUGGCUUCCUCCAGAUAUUGCCGGUCAGCUGGAGGCUUCGCGAUAUCUCUAUGCAGCGACUUUAGGAGCUUGGAUCUGGGAUGUCUUGAUGGCUUUACCUGAUGAGUUUCGGAUGCUCGUGACACGCAGGGCCUCCCUGUCAGACGCAGCAUACGUCCUCGCUAGACUAGCAUCUGGGGCGUUUAUCACUACUUCCUUCGUAUUUCAAGUCUCGGCCGUCAGCGACUGUCAUGCCUUGGCCAAGGCAAUAGGCUGGUGUGGUGCAUUUGGCCUUUCGCUCAACUCGUUACUCUUUUUUUUCCGCGUCAAAGCGGUCUUCAAUUCCUCCAAGCUUAUCACUGCCCUGUUCGCCUUUGUCUGGUUUGCGACGUUCGCAUGCGCACUUACAGCUCCCUUUGGCGUCGAUGGCAUACACAUUGGGACGACUGGUAAUUGCGUCAAUAGCAACGUGAAAACGUUUAGCUCUGCGGGACUCAUUGUCGUGGCAGUCAACGACACGCUGGUCUUCAUUGCGAUUUCUACUCGGUUGAUGAUGUAUAGCUUGGCAGACACUUGGGUUGACCGCUUCAAAACUUUCUUUAGUGGUAAAGGUAUGGGCCAUAUGUCGAGAGCUUUACUGCAAACAGGCCAACUAUAUUAUUUGGUUACUGUUGGAGUGAAUAUAGUGGCCAUGGUCGUUAUUCUCACUCCGUCCGUCCCACCCGUCCUCCGCGCUAUGUUCGCCAUUCCCAACGUCGCAUUACAAAAUGCCAUGGCUUGCCGCGUGUUCCGCCUGAUCAAGCUCGGAAUGAUCACUGACAAGCCCGUAGCUGUUUCCUCGCUCACACCUCCUGCUCAAUCCUUCCGAUUAUAUCAGAAUGCCUCUCGUCCCAACAGAGAUGGUAGCGCACAUAGUCAAGGCGACGUGGAGAAUUUCAAAUUGACUACUUCACCAUCUUUCCGUAACGCCAAUGGCAAUGCGAAGUUGGUGCCGGUGCAUGUCGAUAUUAAUCGGGAGACAGAAGUGACCGUGGAUGGGUUGGACAGGAGAGAAUGGAAAGCGGGCAGCAUUGCUUAAAGACUGUAGGCAAUAUUAUUCGUUGGGUUUCGGAGAUGCGUCAAUGGGUUAUUCGUGUGCUUACCACUGUCAUUCAUUACAUGAGUCUUAGAUCUUGCUACUACAUAUAUCAAUGUACGUACCAGGAUGUUUUGUAGUUGUGUCGACCUAUAUGAACUACCUGCUUGCUAAGAGGCUCAGUCAUUUAAAUUUGCCAAAUCCAGUGGGGUCUUCAACUUCGUU